AUGAAACAAAGAUUCUCGUCUUUAGACGUCAAGGUCGUCGCACACGAGCUCGCCGAAGCUCUUGUCUCCUUGCGACUUUCCAACAUCUACGACCUCAACUCUAAGAUCCUCCUCUUGAAGUUUGCGAAACCAAACAACCGACAACAAAUCCUCAUCGAGUCUGGAUUCCGCUGCCACUUGACCGACUUUGCCCGUGCUGCCGCCCCCGCUCCGAGCCCCUUCGUCUCGCGCCUACGCAAGUUCCUCAAGACACGCCGCGUCACGAACGUCUCACAGAUUGGCACCGAUCGAAUCAUCGAGAUUCAGUUCAGCGAUGGCGCUUACCGGCUAUACCUUGAAUUCUUCGCGGGCGGCAAUGUGAUCCUGACGGAUGCCACCCUCAAAAUCCUCGCACUGCUGCGGGUUGUUCCCGAAGGCAAGGGACAGGAGCCGCAGCGGGUUGGGCUAGAUUACUCCUUGAAAGACCGGCAGAAUGUAGGGGGGGUUCCCGCGUUGACGAAAGAGCGUCUUCAAAAUGCGCUCAUGACUGCCUCGGCGCAGGCUACUGGCAGUAAAAGUAAAAAGAAGGGAACAGACGAGUUGAGGCGUGGAAUUGUCACAACACUCACAGAGCUACCUCCGAUCCUGGUUGACCAUGUCUUUCAUACGACCAAGUUCGACUCUACCACCAAGCUGGCAGAAGUAUUAAGGGACCAAUCCUUGCUCGAUGCUUUGUUUCAGUCACUAGAGCAGGCCCGCUCGAUUCUCAACGAAGUGACAAGUUCUCCUACCGUGAAGGGAUACAUUAUCGCAAAACCCAACCCGCGGGCCGCCGAUUUGCCAGCGGGCGGGGAUGAAACGGGGCAAGACCUCAAACCUCGGAAACUUUUGUACGAAGACUUUCAGCCUUUUUUGCCGAAGCAGUUUGAGGAUGAUUCGAGUUAUCAGGUCCUGAGCUUUGAGGGCUACAACCGGACAGUAGAUGAGUUCUUCUCUUCUCUCGAAGGCCAGAAGCUCGAGUCGCGCUUGCAGGAACGAGAGAUGACUGCCAAGCGAAAGCUAGAGGCAGCACGGCGUGAUCAGGCACAGCGGAUCGAAGGGCUUCAGGGGGCGCAAACACUGAAUCUGCGCAAAGCUGCUGCCAUCGAAGCCAACAUCGAACGCGUGCAGGAAGCCAUGGAUGCUGUCAAUGGCCUUCUGGAGCAGGGUAUGGACUGGAUGGACGUCAAUAAACUUGUAGAGCGGGAGCAGAGGCAGCACAACCCAGUUGCGGAGAUUAUCAAACUCCCAUUGAGGCUUCACGAAAGUGUGAUAACACUACUACUGGGCGAGGCGGAAGACGAGGUCGAAGCCGACGAGGAACAAGAUUUUGACUAUGACACUGACGAGGAGGCCGUGGAUGAUGAUGGAGCAGAGAAACCCAAAGGCCCAGAAAACCGGCUUGCCAUCGAUAUCAACCUCAAGCUUACCCCGUGGAACAAUGCUCGAGAAUACUAUGAACAGAAGCGCACGGCUGCCGACAAGGAACAAAAGACAGUCCAACAAUCAGAGAUUGCUCUUCGGAAUGCCGAGCAAAAGAUCACCGAAGAUCUCAAGAAAGGGCUCAAGCAGGAAAAGCCUGUGCUGCAACCCAUUCGGAAGCAGAUGUGGUUCGAGAAGUUUAUCUGGUUCGUCUCGUCGGAUGGCUACCUUGUUUUGGGCGGGCGAGAUGCUCAGCAGAAUGAGAUCCUUUACAAACGGUACCUGAAGAAGGGAGAUGUUUAUGUUCACGCAGACAUGCACGGCGCACCGUCCGUCAUUAUCAAGAAUAACCCGAAGACUCCCGACGCCCCCAUUCCGCCGUCAACGCUUGCACAGGCCGGCAAUUUGGCAGUGUGCUGCUCGAACGCAUGGGACUCGAAAGCAGCCAUGGGCGCGUAUUGGGUGAACGCUGACCAGGUCUCCAAGUCAGCACCCACUGGCGAAUUCCUACCCGUGGGUUCAUUCAUGGUCCGCGGGAAGCGUAAUGUUUUGCCUCCGGCGUUGUUGACGCUAGGGUUUGGCCUGAUGUUCAAAGUCUCGGAGGAGAGCCAAGUUAAACAUGCGAAGCAUAGGUUGUACGAUGUGGGAGACAUCACGGCACCUGUUGCGGCAUCGGCAAGUGGCAGCCUCGAGGCCGAGACUGACGAGCCUCCUAGUAAAGAGAAUGCCCUGAGCGAGAGUGAAGGAGAGGAAAGUGAGGACGAGAGUGAAAAAUCGAAUCCAUUGCAGUCAGGCACGGCCGACGACGAUGAGUCUGUUCAGGGACAAGAUUCCGAGCCGCCGGCUGAGGCGUUAGCGGACCUCCAAGUUGUCGAGAAAGACGACCAUGUUGGACAAGGCCCUCACCCGGAUGCCCAGGGCGAGGCCGAGCCUGAGGAAGAAGCAGGAGAAGACGCAGGCGAAGAAGAGCAGGAAGACGAAGAAGAGCAAUCCAUAUCUACUCGCCCCGACACCCCCUCCACCUCCACCACUUCGCAAUCGCAAAAGAAACACCAUCCCGCCAAGCGCGGCCAGCGCGGCAAAGCCAAAAAGAUCGCGGCCAAAUACCGCCACCAAGACGACGAAGACCGGGCCCUCAUGGAAGAGCUCCUCGGUGUUGCUGCAGGGCGACAAAAGGCCGAAGCCGAGGCGGCCGCCAAAGCCCAGCGCGAAGCCGAAGCCGCCGCCGCCCGGGCGCGCCGUGAGAAAGCCCAGGAGCGCGCCCGCAAGCAAGUUGCCGAACACGAGCAGGCGCGCCAGCGCCUCCUAUUCGACAAGUAUGGCGACGGCGAGGAUGAUAUCACGGCCUUGGCCGAUGCGGCGGCCGAGCUUGGCCCGCUCGGGGCGCUGGUCGGCACGCCCUUACCGGGCGACGAGAUCCUCGAGGUUAUUCCCGUGUGCGCGCCGUGGGGCGCCCUGGGCCGGAUCAAGUACAAGGCCAAGAUCCAACCGGGGCAUAUCAAGAAGGGAAAAGCGGUGAAGGAGAUUGUGGAGCGAUGGAAGUUAGCAAGUGGGAAGAAAGGGGUGGUGGAUGAGAAGUCCGAGGACGGGGAAAAGAUGUGGCCGAGGGAGGUGGCGUUGAUCAAGGGGUUGAAGGUGGAGGAGUCGUUCAAUGUGGUGCCGGUGGGCAAGGUGACGGUGAUGAUGUCGGGAGGACUAGCAGGCAGUGGUAGUGGGGGGGGUGGUGGGAAAGGGGGGGCCAAAGGAGGAGGCGCCGCGGGAGGAGGGCAAAAGGGGGGAAAGGGGAAGGGAGGAAAGAAGAGGUAG